AUGUGCAGGUCUGACGGCGCUACACUGGUCAAGAUAGACAACGCGGAGAAACAGGACAUCGUCAGAGGCUUGUUCAACUUCAAGGACUACGAAAACAGCACUGAACCCUGGAUUGGACUGCGGGACACGAACAGGUCCAACAUCUACAGAUGGACUGACGGUUCCGUCCCGACGUACACGAAGUGGUGCAAAGGGGAGCCCAGCUUUACUUCUGGAGGCCAGGACCAGGACUGUGUCGUGAUCUCUUUAGGGAUAUUUGUGUCUGCAUGGGAUGAUCGUGACUUGGCUGUGCCUGUGUUGAUACUACUGGGGGCCUCACCACAAGAAGCAACAGUACUUGGAAGAGGUUUUAAGAAAAUUGACAAACCUUUUGAUGAUAAACUAACGGCUUUACACGAAGUUGGUGCUGUAUCUCUCUUGAAAUGCAAUGUAGAAUGCAGUGUUCUUCCCGGAUGUCUCGCCCUGGAGUACAAGCGUAACACCUCCCACUGUACCAUGUACGGCCACCUCAGUGUGACAGACGGGAGUCCAGUGUCAGUGGGCCGAGUCUCAGAUGAUGCAUGCAGAUAUGCAACUUUGGACACUGAAGAAAAGGGAUACACGACUUUCCAUGUUGAGGGGGGCGAGAUCCAUCUGAAGAGAUACAAUGUGGGACGUACAUGGGACGGAGCCUUAGAGAUGUGCAGGUCUGACGGCGCCACACUGGUCAAGAUAGACACCGUGGAGAAACAGUACAUCGUCAGAAGCUUGUUCAACUUCAACUAUGAAAAGACAAAGGAGCCCUGGAUUGGACUGCGGGACACAACCAGGUCAAACGUCUACAGAUGGACUGACGGUUCCGUCCCGACGUACACGAACUGGUACAAAGGGCAGCCAAGCUUUACAUAUGAAGGCCAUGACGAGGACUGUGUCCAGUUCCUUUCACAGAUGUUUGGGUCUGCAUGGAACGAUGAUGACUGUAGUAAAAUACGCUGGUUUGUGUGUGAAAUGUGA